CAAACCAAAAAUCAGGGAAGGUGUUCACGAAAACGAAAACCAACCCGAUUCUCACCUUCUCUUAACAAUUUUUUUUUUUUUUUUGUUUUUGUUUUUUCCUUCACUUUCCCUCCAUCCAAACACACACAAAAUGGAGCCAAAGCAAGAACAUCAAGAAUUCAUUUUCCGUUCGAAACUCCCGGACAUUUACAUCCCAAACCACCUCCCUUUACACACUUAUUGCUUCGAAAAGAUUUCUCAGUUCAAAGACCGUACAUGUUUGAUCGACGGAAGCACGGGACAAACGUAUUCCUACGGCGACGUCGAGCUCACUUCCCGUAAAGUCGCGUCGGGUCUCGACAAGUUGGGAAUUAAACAAGGCGACGUUAUCAUGCUCUGGCUCCAAAACUGUCCUCAAUUCGUCUUCGCAUUCUUCGGCGCGUCGUAUAUCGGCGCCAUGAGCACCACCGCGAAUCCCUUUUAUACUCCGGCGGAGGUGGCGAAGCAAGCGGCUGCCUCCAAAGCCAAGCUGAUCAUAACACAAGCCGCUUACGUCGACAAAGUCAAGGACUUCGCCAAACAAAACGGCAUCAAGAUCAUGUGUAUCGAUUCACCGCCGGCGGAGGCGGAGGAAAUUGGCCUUCUGCAUUUCUCGGAGCUUGUUCAGGCCGACGAGAAUGACAUCCCGGCGGUGAAAAUCAAUCCGGACGACGUCGUUGCGCUGCCGUAUUCUUCUGGUACGACGGGACUUCCAAAAGGCGUCAUGCUGACGCACAGAAGUCAAGUGACGAGCGUGGGUCAGCAAGUGGAUGGAGAAAAUCCCAACCUUUACUUCCGCGAAGACGAUGUGAUCCUUUGUGUUCUUCCUCUUUUCCACAUCUACUCUCUCAACUCGGUCUUGCUUUGCGCACUCCGAGCUGGUUCUUCCAUCCUGAUCAUGCACAAGUUUGAGACCCACAAGUUGCUUGAACUGACCGAUAAGUACAUGGUCACGAUCGCGCCGUUCGUUCCUCCGAUCGUCUUGGCCAUCGUGAAAAGCCCGGAAGUCGAUCGGUACGACUUGUCGUCGAUCAGGAUGGUGCUGUCCGGGGCGGCGCCCAUGGGGAAGGAACUGGAGGAUGCUCUCAGAGCCAAGCUUCCUAAUGCCAAACUCGGACAGGGCUAUGGAAUGACGGAGGCUGGGCCAGUGCUGUCAAUGUGUUUGGCAUUUGCUAAAGAACCAUUCGAGAUCAAAUCAGGUGCAUGUGGGACCGUCGUAAGAAACGCCGAGAUGAAGAUCGUUGAUCCUGAUACUGGCGCUUCCCUUCCGCGAAAUCAAGCCGGAGAGAUUUGUAUUAGAGGAAGCCAAAUCAUGAAAGGUUACCUGAACGAUCCAGAGGCAACAGAGAAUACAAUAGACAAAGAAGGAUGGCUGCAUACAGGGGAUAUAGGUUACAUCGACAAUGAUGAUGAGCUUUUCAUUGUUGAUCGAUUAAAAGAGUUGAUCAAAUACAAAGGCUUUCAAGUGGCCCCUGCUGAGCUCGAAGCAAUGCUGAUUGCCCAUCCAAACAUCUCUGAUGCUGCUGUUGUACCUAUGAAAGAUGAGGCCGCGGGAGAGAUUCCUGUUGCAUUUGUAGUAAGAUCAAACGGUUCCAAGAUCACCGAAGAUGAAAUCAAACAAUACAUCUCAAAGCAGGUGGUGUAUUAUAAACGAAUUGGUCGGGUUUUCUUCACAGAUAAAAUUCCUAAAGCCCCUUCAGGAAAAAUAUUGAGGAAAGAUUUGAGAGCAAGACUUGCUGAAGGUAAAUACAACUAGGCAAAGAAAUAGUUAAUUUGAAAGUCGAUGUUUUGUAAUAUCAGUGUGGAUGUGAGAAUGAGAGGCAAAAUGUUUUUGCUUUCCUUGUCCAUGAUUGACAAAAGAUCAACACGGAAAAGGAAAAUCCAUAAUUACUCAGUCUAUAUGGUGUUUUUUUUUUUUUUCUUUUUUUUUUUUCAUGCCUUUGUAUUAAAUUUGUUUGUUACAGAGAUAGGAUUGAGAUAGGACUACUCUUCAUGAGCUUUGUAAGAAUUUCUUUAUUUAUGUAUAAGGACAGCACGGCACAUAAUCAAAAUUUAUAUUCUUAUAAGUA